CCACGCUGCCUUCCUUCUGCGCAUGCUCACACACACCGGAAGCGUAAGGGCUGUGACGUCCCUCAGAUUUCAGCUCCUCAUUAAAAAGCUCUUAGGAGCUCUUCACCACCAGGAAAGCUGUAUAAGCAUUGGAUUGACGGGACGGAAGGAAGCGGCGCGUCGUACGUGGAGCUGCCUGCUGAAAUAGCCAUGAGUUACAAACCCAUUGCUCCUGCGCCUUCUGGCUCCAACCACACUCCACCAGGCUCUUCGGUGCCYUCUCCAUCCCUCCCAUCGUCAUCCAACUUCAGGCCAGCUUUUAGUGACUUUGGUCCACCUUCAAUGGGUUUUGUUCAGCCUGUGAAAGUGUCCCAAGGCUCCACCUAUAGUGAACUUCUGUCCGUCAUCGAGGAGAUGAGCCGUGAGAUCAGGCCUACGUACGCUGGGAGCAAAAGRGCCAUGGAGAGGCUAAAGAGAGGUAUUAUCCAUGCCCGUGCUCUGGUCAGAGAGUGUCUUGCAGAAACUGAGAGAAGCGCUCGCACAUAACCCUUUCUGAAACUCCCCCUCACUGGACGCUCUGUCCUCUUUUCAAAGCCUGCCCUCAUGAGUAGAAUUGGAUACUUUUCAACAAAUACUCAUCCUCCCCGCAUUGUUGGCUUUUACUGAUGUGCUUUGUUCCUUUGUGUUCAUUUAACCCUCCUGCUGCCCUUGGGUCAAAAUGACCCGAAGAGAAGCUUCAUGGGUCAUUUUGACCCAAGGGUAGCAGAAGGGUUAAUACAUUUCACCCAAUCCAUUGUCAGUGUCAGAUUUKCUGCACCACAUACAGCUUUUGAAAAUUGAAAUUUUGUACUUUUUUUCCCAAACGGAGUUGAAUUUCAGUGCUUUGAMUGUAGAUUUUGAUGAAAACAGUGUCAUAUGAUUACAACAAAAAAAGUUGGAUUUUUAUAAAAUACAUAAAAUCCAUCUUCAAAUUCCACCACCCUCAUUUUUACUUUGAACAAUUUUGUUAGCAUAUUUUGUCGUGUGAGCUUCAUUCAAUUUCUCUCAUUCCCAAGAACUUUUUCAUCUCAAAUCAGUUUGUUAGAAAUUUUGUAAACCAGAUUUUUGCAGUUCAGUAUGUAUAUCUUAAUAAAUAAUGUAAAAAAAUG